UUACAUAAACAAUAAAAUGGAAUUGUUAUAGGUUGCGCAAUCUGGCUGGAGACAGUUGCAAUUCGGGAGGAAGCGGUGGAGGGACGGCAAACCUGAUUACACCCCGGUAUCAGUUAGCGGAGCAUAGAUACGGCCGGGAAGAGAUGUUGGCUCUCUUCGACCGUAAUUGCAAGCCACCGGAGAGUAUAAUCGGUCAGCAAAUGUUCUACGUUGAAAAGACUCAACUACCACUAGCGUUUAUACCAGAAACAGAAGAUGAAACGCGUUUACGAAGCAGUGGAUUAGGUAACACUGCUGGAGGACGUGGACGUGGUGGAAGUGUUGAUCGUGGAGGACGUAUUAGAACUGGACGUGGAGGAAUUUAUACGUCUCAUUUUUCACGUGGUUUUGACGACUCCGGAGAGGGUGGGAGUAGACUCGACGCACAGUCUUAUCCAGGAAGAAACCGUAAUUUUGACAGGUCACAAAGUGAGCGGGGUUGGUCCGAGCGGAACGGUAAUAUUGACGCAAAUGACUGGAACGGCUCGACCAGUCCCCGUAAGGAGCUUAGUCGCGGUCCCAGUGGGAGUUCUCUGAUGGAAAGUAAUUGGAGACGGCAUCGGGGUGCUGGCGAUGACGAGGACGGAUGGAGAUCUAACAACACUCGCAGUGAAAAGUGGAUACGGAGCAGUUGGCGCGAUGGGGGUGGCUCGGACAGAGAUAGAUUGGAUAGAGUGGAUGCUGAUGGGGAUGAUAAUCGGAUCAGUGGACGCUGGGAAGCUCGACCAAGUCAUAGAUCCUCUCAUGACUCGGCUCAUCAUCAUCAUCAUCCUCCUCCUACCCGUACUGCUCGAACUUGGGAUUCUAAUCAUCAUGAUAACCAUGACAAUUUACCAGAAUGGGCAACCGAGAAUCCCGCAGAGAGUGGGGGAAGUUUUGAUGCCUCGGGUGCCUUUCACGGUGGGAUGUUUUCUGACGACGACGAUGAUGGUACAGGUGGUAAUAACUCGAGUAAUCGUACCCGACGUGUAUCCGAAGGCACCAACAGUACAAACAUUAAAUCUAAUAAAUCGAUCAAUAAUAUCAAUCAGAAUGCUCAUCGGCAAAUGAUUAAUGAUUCUGUAAGCCAUACGGUAUCAAGAGAGAGACCUAAAUCUCUUCAUCCCUUCGAAAAAGAUAAUUCUGGCGAAGGUCGUACUGACUCGCCUUCAAAACAAUCGGUUGUAUCCAGUAACAAUACCAACAGUCCAUUAUCUAAAUCUACAACAAUGUCAUCGUUAAAUAAUGCAGCUGGUAAAAAAGUGUCAAACGUCGCUAUUAAUCCAACGAAAAUAAAUUCUGAGUCGGAGAGAGUUCAGCUUCCACAACGCUCAAAGUCUUUCGUAGAAUUACCGAGUAAAAAUAAUAGUAGCAGUAAUAAUAAUCAUCCUAUUAAUUCUCAGCAGACAAAUCCAGUUUCUCGAUCCAACAACGCCUCGAUUCAAAAAAGUGAUUUACGGCAAGAAAAUAUUAAAAAUACUUCUGUAACAAUUGCUUCUACAACAGCUACGAUAUCAGCUCCUCAACGAGCUAUGGCUCCGCAGAAACUUGAUGAUGAUUUGGAGAGAUUUAAAGAAGAAGCUGACAUGCAGAGUUUAGUGGCGAAGCUUAUGGCUGAUGAGGAGAGCCACCGUGAAGAAACGGGUCAUGUGCUUCCAUCGGCGGUUAAUCACGUUCCACCGUUAGCCAAUGCCAGUUCACAGGAAAAAUGGUACUACCGAGAUCCUCAGGGUGAGGUCCAAGGACCAUUUAUUGCUAGUGAGAUGGCUGAAUGGUGUAAAGCUGGUUAUUUUACGCCUAAUUUAUUGGUAAGAAGAACAUGCGACGAGAGAUACGCAACUCUUGGAGAUCUCAUGAAAAUCUGUGGUAGAGUGCCAUUCACACCGGGUCCACCGAUCCCACCGUUGAAGCUAUCGGAGCCGGUGAUAUCGACCAUACCACCUCCAGUACCCACAGGACUACCUGGCAGUGCCUUACCCAAAUCAGGAAUAGAAGACCCGCUGUUAAUGCUACAGUAUCAGCAAUUGCAAAUGAUCCAAAAUCAGCAAUUACUCUUACGACAAAUGAAAAAUUCGGCAAUUGCUAAACUUUCACAGUCUGAUAGUUGGUCUGGUUUGUCUCCUAUUGAGCAAAAUCAAUUAGUUAUGCAGUGUGUUAUGCAAAAUUCCGAGGUCAGAGAUUUAUCAUUAGCGACAAAUCCCUUUGUGACGCCACUUGCUGCUCCUCCACCCCCAGCAACUAAUCCAGUUAUGCAAUUGUUCAAUCAAAUGCAACAGGCUAAGGUCCAAAGUGAUACCGUCAGUCACUUACCGUCAAAUUCUCAUUCGGUACCACCACCAGUUCAUAAUCCAGCUUUGGAUCCUAUUCAACAGCUUAUACAGCAGAUGGGUGGUAUUCAAAAUUUACCUGGACCGCAACCUAGUAUUAAUCCCUCGCCGAUGCAACAACAACAACAACAACAACAACCACAGCAACAACAAUCGACUCCUGAAGAAGAUCCUAUUAAGUCAUUAUUACGGCAACUUCAUAUUAAUGCCAAUGGACAUUCACAAUCGCAUCAAAUGGAUUCUAUCUGGCCGCAACCACCUCCACAAAUUAACCCUCAGAUACAAGAACGAAAGGAAGAACUUCGUAAGCAAGAAGAAUUGAAACGGCAAGCUGAAGACGCGAGUAACAAACGAAAACUCGAAGAAGAACAAAAUAAAAAAUUAGCAGAAGCACAGCGCAAAGAAGAGGAACGAAAGCGAAAGGAAGAAGAAAAAAGACUAAAGAUGGAAGAAAAGCGCAAGAUUGAGGAGGAAUUAAAAAAGAAAGAGGAUAAAAAACGAAAGGAAGAAGAGAGAAAGCGGGAAGAAAAGCGCAAGCUGGAUGAAGAAAAUAAUAAAAAGAAGCAGGAAGAGGAGAAAAAGAAGCGAGAGGAAGCCAAAAGACAGGAAGAAAAGUUGAGAAAGGAAGAAGAAAAACGUAAGAAGGCUGAAGAGGAGCAGAAACGUCUCGAGGAGGAGAGACUUAGAAGAGAAGAAGAAGAAGAAGCUCGUAAAAAAGCUGAGGCCGAAGAACAAGCAAGACGGAAUGAACAGCGGCGCCGGGAAGCUGAGGCUUUAAGAAAACUUCAAGAAAAAAGUAAAGCUCCUUGGGCACAGGCUCCACACGCACCUCCUCCGACAACUCAUGCUUCUUUGGCUGAGAUUCAGCGGCUAGAGCGUGAAAAGAAAGCCGAGGAGUUACGUCUUCAACAAUUAAUGCAGCAACAGCUAGCUCAGCAAAAAGCCCUUAAAGUCGCUGAAGAAGCAGCAGCUGCUGCGGAAUCUAACAAACGACUAACUUUCAAGUGGGCUGAGAAAGCUGCUCCUACUAUUAGUCAGCCGGUUAAAAGUUUGGCGCAAAUUCAGCAAGAAGAGCAGGAACGAAUUGUUAAAGUUAAACAGCAGGAAAAAGAACGCAGUGAAAAAACUAGCCAAAAAGAAGCUGCAGUUGUUAUGCAAAAUGCUGGUAUCUGGGGCAGUGCAUCCCAGUCUCUCAAUUGGACUACCAAUGUCAAUUCAGUUGGUGAUGCCUUUAAAUUUGGCUCCAAAACUUGGACUGGUAGUGACAUCGAAUCAGCAUACGAAGUUAAAGAGUAUAUUAAAUUGUAUUUGGGUGAUAAUAAACAGUGUACAGAAUUCGCAAAACAAUUUUUAGAAAAACGUAGCAAGUGGCGAUCAUCACAACGACCACAAACCGAAGCCGAUGAUCUUUGUAAGCCAGCUCCGGCUGUUAAUCCAAAUGCUCCUACUGAAUUUCAAGAAGUUAAGGGCAAAUCAAAGAAACCAAAAAAAGGAAAAAUGUUCAAAGUUGAUAACAGAAUCCUUGGCUUCAGUGUAACCGCUGCUACCGAUCGUAUUAAUGUUGGGGACCGUGAUUACGGAGAAGGCGUCUGA